UAUACAUUACAUAGCGAUACAUAGCCUCAGUUUGUAAGUCCAAUGUUAUGGUUGGAAUGAGCUUCCAUUUGAUACGUCAAGCAGUAGGGGCGCAUUUCUUACACUCCGUGUCUUAUCGCAACUCAAUCGAGCAGUCUAAUAUUGUCUUUCAAGAAAAUAAAAAUUGUCUUUUGACCUCAUUAAUGUUGUGGAGAGAACGAAAUUGAAAGUAAUCUAGUAACCUAACGCGGACGUUACUCACUAGCCGACUUAUCGUGUUGUGGUACAAAAUUGUUUAAGAGUUUACGGUUGUGUUACCAUUGCUCUAGUGGCCUAUAAUUUAGCUGUGAAUUAACAGUAACAACUAGGUCUUGUCUCAAAUAUGUUAACAACGCCAUCCGAAUGUCCCUCAUCCGCGUCGUCUAAUUAUGAGACCUUCCUGAUUAGGGAAAUUUCAUUUCCUAGUUACACUGAAAAGAGCGUGCUGAUUGUAUUCGUGUUUUAUGGAAGUUAAAACAACACAUAAGGCCGUUAAAAAAAAAACGCAAUUUUUCUGGCUGGUGUAUAUAAUACUAAAAAGCGAAAGAAGUGGUAAGUGUCGCAUUUGUACCACCAGCUUCCACAAUAAUUAUCAGACAUAACAAUCUCGGACUGAAACAGGUGUUUCGCAAAAUCAGCGCGAGUCGAGGAAUUCUAUUGGAGUCGCCAUCUUUGCCAGGGAAAGAUCGCGGGAGUGUCACGGCGGACUGAUUAUAAUACACAAGGACGUCGUCUGCUACGACAGAAAGUUGGACAGCGCGUUGACAUUGUUUCAUUGAAGUUAGAUCAGUCAGUUUCGCGCCCCUCUUAUCUGUACCAUUCUCAAUCCUGUAUGUGAAUUAUACAAAGUUGUCGUUGUAUUUGAGGAAUCGAUGUUUACACUUGACUUGGACAAUCUGCUCCAAGUUAGAGAAUUCGUUGUUUUGCUAUUGUUCAGACCAGUGGAAUUUAUUUGUUUACUAUUGACGCCUUGACGGAAAGGUUUGUGAAAUUUGUCUACGAUGGCGACGUUAAAGGAAGUGGCCUUGCGCUACUCUCCCUUAGCAAAUGAACAAGACAGCGAGAUCGGAGAGUCAGGCGAAGUCAACACGGACAACGAGAUUGUGGAAAACAAAGGAAAAGCGAUGUCGACUGAAUCGAUUGCAAGGAGUUCAAACUACAUAAGCAUCGGCCUGCAGGCAUGUGCAGCUGAUAUCACACGGAACAUUUUAGAGGCAAACUCUGUUACAUCGUUACCUUUAAGUCCCCUUGAUUCAACAGCCGUCAAAACUUCGGCAUUUUCCGGAACAAAUCGGAAACUCUCUCUCAAUGACUGUUCGAGCAAACUAUUCGACUCGCCACCCCGAAAAACUUCGGUUCCCUUCGCAAGUGAUCGGAAAUUUUCCCUCCACGACAUCUCUGGUCCUAUUAAAGCUUCUUCUUCUUCCCGAAAAACUUCGCUAUCACUCGGCCUUGAUCGCAAGAUUUCGCUUGGAGACUGCAAUAAUCAUUUCGUCACUACAUCUCGGAAAACAUCGGUAUCCGUCGAUACGGAUCGGAAGAUUUCGUUGAACGAUAGCAUAAGCUCGGUAUCCUGUCGAAUUUGUCUCGAUGGAGAAAUUCCUGGAGAACAGCUUUUUAAUCCAUGUCUAUGUACAGGUAGCGCUAGUCACGUGCACAUCACGUGUUUGAAGAAGUGGUUGAUGACGUCAGGAAGUAGUGUUUGUGAGCUGUGUCUGUACGAGUUGGAUGUCGGUUGGAAGACGACAUCGAUGUGGAAGGCCCUAAAGGAGCUUUCAAAUGUACGAAUGACCAAUCGUAAGAUCUGUUGGGCUUUACUAGUCUCCAUCGCAGCCCUCACACUACCUCUCUUUUGUAUCUGUGUAUUCGUGUUGGAUGAUGAGGAUCUAAGACUACAACUCAGUAAACCAGCCAGUAUGGCCGUAUCAUAUGGUGUGAUCUUAAUAUCGUGUGCGGCCUACCUCACCCUCCUCUUCAUGGUCGCCUACCUCACGUGGAAGUGGGACUUCUGCCCGAGCACGACGCGAUGUCAUUUUCCAACCGAGAUCGAGAUCCGCGUCGAAAGCCUGGAGGAGAGGUUGAAACGAGGGCGAACACGGCGGAACGGUUACUAUAGAAACACCACGCCCAUACUGAGCCAUGAAGAGAACGAUGGGGAUAGUCGAAAUUACGGUGUGAUGGACCAAUACUGGAUGAACGGAGCAGGCUAUAUCUAAUCGAUCGGUUCCAUUUUAAAUAGAGCUAAUGUCCCGGAUGCCCCCCCCCCCACCC